AAACGGCGAACUUGCUUUCAAUUGUCCGAGCCUCACGUCAUGGAAAGAGUUACUUUGUUGCAGCGCGCACAGGAAUAAACUCCAACAAAUAUUAGAGGCCGGGGAUGUGUUUUGAUUCUCGGUAAAAGCGGAUUGUUUGGUCGCGCUUUUGUUCAAAAUCCAGAGGAUCGACUGAAGAUGCGCAGGAACCUGUUUACAAGGAAAACGCAGCAAGUUUCAGUCUGAGGGAAUGCGGUGCAGACUCAAAAUGCACAAGGAGACCAUUACUCAUCCCUCUGUUUUUCCUCGCGUCAGACGACUUUGUCUUGGAUAUGGUUUCAUCAAGGAUCACUUUUAGUCUCCGUUAUGAGAAACAAGUGUCCAGUACGGGAACGGCGUGAAGUUGCAUUCCAGUUUCAGAGGAUUAAAACGACCUUCGGUGCUGUCGGAGGAGCUCUUUGGUGAAACCAGCUUUUGUUUUGAACCUGUUGUGUUUGCACGCAAUGUGAGACAGGCUCCAUUCUCUUCUGUGCGACUUGUUAUGUGAUCGAUCUUUUAAAGCUUUAAGUGAUUUGAUCGACCUCCAACUCCAACACAACAAUAGAGCAAUAGCCUCCAUGAGCGGAGGAUGCUCGUAGUGAGGCUAGGGGUGUUAUAGAUUUAUUUUUAUGUCUUGUCGAAUUUAUGUAACUUUUGGUCAUUAAAAUUACAUAAGUCGUCUUGUGCUGCUGCACACCUGAUCCAACAGCUGUCAUGUAAUUUGAGAUGAGUUUAAAUAUUACAGUGAGCUAGUGUCAGAUGUUUCCAAAACAGCAUGCACUAAGACAGUAGUAGCAGUUUCUUUCUAGGCACUAUGUGCAUGUAGAGUUUUCUGGUUUAGGAACCACUGGAGUAUCAAGAUGUCAGUGAAAGCCAAAGCUCUCUACACAUUUUUGAGUGAAAACAAAGAGGAGAUUAGCAUCCAGGAGAAUGAGGAACUGGUUAUCUUCGAUGAAAAGUCAGUGGACGGCUGGUUUCAGGGGGAGAACAGCAGAGGGGAGCGGGGUCUCUUCCCUGCAUCUUAUGUGGAAAUUAUUCGCACUCGUUCAAACUCCAACGUGACUGACUGCUCUAUAAGCCCGGCAGGCUCUCUAGGAAAUGACUCCUCCUACUUUCCAUCCACCCCGAACACCACUCUUCAUAUGCAGCCCUCCUACGAUUACGAUGACGACGAUGAUGACUGGGACGACUGGGAUGACAGAUCCACGGUGGUGGAAGAUCCUGAUCACACCAGGAGCCCUGGAGCCAAUGGACAUGCCCAUCAAAGCCCAAUGUCCAACAACCCAAAUGUGCACUAUCGGGCCAAGUCAGCAUCUGGACACGACAGCAUCUCCAGCUCCAGGAAGGGGAGCAUGGUGGGCAGGAACUUGAACAGAUUUUCCAGCUUUGUCCGCUCAGGGGUAGAAGCAUUUGUGCUAGGUGAUGUCCCCAUGAUGGCAAAGAUAGCUGAGUCAUACACUAUCGAGAUGGGUCUUCUUGGGCCCAAGUGGAAGGAGAACCCACAGCCUUUCACUUGCUCAAUUGAAGACCCGACCAAACAAACAAAGUUCAAGGGCAUCAAGACCUACAUUUCUUACCGGGUCACCCCGACCCACAUAGGGCGUCCUGUCUACAGACGCUACAAACAUUUUGACUGGCUGUACAACCGUUUACUGCACAAGUUCACUGUGAUCUCCGUGCCACACCUCCCUGAGAAGCAGGCCACGGGGCGAUUCGAGGAAGACUUCAUCGAGAAGCGCAAAAGGCGACUGAUACUGUGGAUGAACCACAUGACUAGUCACCCGGUCCUCUCCCAGUAUGAAGGCUUUGAGCACUUUCUGAUGUGUGCCGAUGACAAGCAGUGGAAACUGGGCAAGAGACGGGCGGAGAAGGACGAGAUGGUGGGCGCCCAUUUCAUGCUGACCUUGCAAAUUCCCAACGAGCACCAGGACCUUCAGGAUGUUGAGGAGCGGGUCGACAACUUCAAGGCCUUUGCUAAGAAAAUGGACGACAGCGUGAUGCAGCUGACACAUGUUGCCUCGGAGCUGGUGCGUAAACACCUGGGCGGAUUCAGGAAGGAGUUCCAGCGGCUGGGAAAUGCCUUCCAGUCUAUAAGCCAGGCAUUCAUGCUGGACCCUCCCCACAGAUCAGACACCCUCAACAACGCCAUCUCCCACACUGGCCGCACCUAUGAGAACAUUGGGGAGAUGUUUGCAGAGCAACCUAAGUAUGACCUCUUCCACAUGCUGGAUAAGCUGUCGCUCUAUCAAGGCCUGCUCGCCAACUUCCCCGACAUCAUUCAUCUACAGAAAGGUGCCUUUGCCAAGGUGAAGGAGAGCCAGCGGAUGAGCGACGAAGGGAAGAUGGACCAGGACGAGGCUGAUGGCAUUAGGAAACGCUGCCGGACAGUAGGGUUCGCCCUCCAGGCGGAAAUGAGCCACUUCCAUCAGCAGCGAGAGGUGGACUUCAAAGACAUGAUGCAGGCCUACCUCACGGAGCAGAUAGCCUUUUACCAGCGUGUUGUCCAGCAACUGGAGCGCACCCUGCGCAUGUAUGAAUGUCUCUAAAUACACCAAACUGCUUUCUGGGUCAAGAUGCCAAAAAAAAAAAAAGAAAACGCAGAAAAGAGGAAAACCAACAUUUGGGUCUUUUAUCAAGGUUCACUUUGAGAAGACUUGCAGAUGAAUGAAGCAAUGAAGCAGUAGUUACUGGAAAGACAUACAAAGUCAGUCAGUCUUUCACUUUGAUGGAUUCAAAGCAACUUUUUUUUUUUUAAGACCUACUGUAUAUUUUAUUUCUAAAAUACACAUCACGUAAGCAAUGUCACAGCAUAUUGUUUAUUUUACAUAAUUUAAAGUGUUUGUAACUUUAAAGUAAGAAUAGUGGAUCUAUAGUUGUAACACAUUAAAGCCAUGAAACGGGUUCUGUUAUCAGACUGUCCCCUUCUCUCCAACACCGUGCACUUUGGCUGCUUCCAGGGAUCCAUUCAAGUCACAUCACGUAGAUGAAUUCCUAAAACAAAACAAAGCCGAGUAUAUUCUGUCAUCAUCUCUCUGAAUGCUCACCUCUCUCAGGUGUUCACCUCUUUGAACUCGCGUCUUAACCUUGCACCAUGCGAGCGACUUCCUGAUAUGGUUGCGGUUCAUUUUAGUUCAUGUUCUUACAUUCCCUGUGCAGUAUGUGCCUUUAAGGAUCUGCGGCAUUCUGACGCGACGUUUUUUCUUUUUUGUUUUUUUUUUUAAGCGGACCAUUUGUCUGCAGUGUGGCUUGUGUCUGUACAGACUGUACAGAGCUGGAAUGAGCUCAGAUGUGUUUGCACAACGUUUUUAUUAAACUAUUUGGUCAGUGGGUGUGUUCAUAUUGUGUGGGUGAGUGUAAUGAGUCAAGCGCUGUGCAGAUUAAAUUCCCGUCUCCGGAGUGGACAAACAUAAAUGCAUAUGUUUAUAUGUAGCAGCAGGUUUUCUAAUGGAUUUGUGGAAAAAGUGCUCAGACAGUUGAAGAGGAUUAAGUGGUUGUUUGAGGCAGGACAUGAACUUGUAAUUUCUGACAUGUUGUUGACACAAGGGCAAAUAGUUCCUACUGUAUUUACAGUUCCAGUCUGCUACUGAUUUCAUGUUCAUAUCAAGCAUUUUCACAAAUGGCUAGCCUAGCUUAUCUUAACGAUUGAGAAGUAAUGUGUAAAAACAACCAUUUGUUUGUUUUCUGAGUGGUGUUAUCACGGCGUGUGCAUCAAGAACAAAAUAGUCCAGCACAUUAUCCCCUGAAAAACUUGUUGCCUUUCGGACUCAUUAAUCCAUUAAACAUUGUUUCCUGUCUUCAUGCUAAACUAUUAGCCUGGAGUCUGGAGUGACUUGGUUGGGAACUGAUUAUUCCCUGGCAAAGCAAAGACUGACAGAAGAUUAACAGCGAUGCAGUCCCACAAAUCGUGUCUCUGAUUGGCUGGAGGACCAUCCAGUUGUGUGCACAGGCAUUUGUGUGUUGUUGAAACACGCCCUAUAAUACAAUGGCUACUCCAGGCUAAUCUCAGACAGAAAGAGUAGUAGUAUUGAUCUCUUUAUUUAACUUUCUCAUAAUAUCAGAAUAUUCCUUUAAUAAUAAUCCGUGUGAGGUUCGAGCAAUCGUGAGGAUUCCAAUCCCACGUAUUCUUGCCCUCUGCCUGAGUGAGGACCAUUACUCAUCCCGCUUAACAAGGGAAACAUUUCAAGGCAACUUGUGGUUUAGACUAUCUUUAGCCCCGUGUCGCCCGUAGAGUUUAUGUGGAGUCUGGGUUGCAGUUACAAGCAUUACCUCAAGAUGUGUAGGCAAUGUGUUUGUGAGGUGGGCGCACGUCUCAGUCGCGGGACAUUGAUUCGUAUCCGUGUGUUGUUGAAAAGUGGAAUCAUUAGAUAAUUGUGAAAAAUCAGUGGUGAAUUAAGGUCUGUUAAAACUUUCUUGUGAGUCUCCAAGAUAUAUAUAUACACACAUAUAAAAACUGCUGAUUCAGCGUGCAGGAUUCGUUGUAUACAAAUUGUGUGUGUGCGUGUGUGACUCAGACAUGAAUGCAGUCUCUGUUACUGGUACUGUUCGGUCCACAUCUGCAGCCUUUAACUCUUUGCUGUGCAAAUGCAAAAUGUUGUUUAUGUUGUUAUUUUUUAAAAAAAUGCUUUCCUUUUAUAUAUAUGUAUAUAUAUAUAUAUAUAUUUCUGUCAGCAUCUGCACUCGCACACACACACACACACACAGUUUCUUGAAGACCAAAGAAGUAUGCAUAUUUUCUACUGGGCUGCUGGGUUUGGUAAAUGGGUUUGAAAUUAAAUGUGCUCUCUCUGCUUUUGUAAUUGAAUCUGUUCUGCUCUGAGGAAAAUGUGAAGAGAUUUGGAAAGAGUAAAGAAACAUUCCACAGGGAAACUUAUCGCGGACACCAAAGGCUAACGCAGAAUUUAGGCACGAGAAAGAUGCACAAAGGUGUAGAAGAAAGAUCGGAAAGCCAUUGGUUUCAUGUUCCAAAGCUGCAUGAUUAAACGUCAGGUGACUUGUUCCUUAACACGGAUGUGUGACAUGGUGAGCUGCAGGAGCUCUACGCUUUGGCUGCUGUCGCUGGAAAUAACAGAUGGUGAUUUUCAGUAAUGUGUCACUUGAUUCAGGGGAAGGGGACAUAUGAAUCUUAAUAAAAAGUAAUGAUGGUGAUCACUCUC